GAUAACGAUGUACGGACGCCCGAGAACAACGGGAUAGAGAACGACAAGACGCAGGAACGGCGCGUACAGGCAUCUACGAUACCGGCGCUAGAUUCUGACACAGACAGCUUCAUGGGCUGGUUUAUCAGAAUGCGAUGGUCCCAGCGGUCAGCAGUCCCCCCACGACGAAAUGUCUUCACAGACGCCAAUAUUCCUAAAACUAUGUCGACGGGGACAAAGGAUUAUAGAACGAAUGACCUCACGUUCGGCGCCCUUCAGGCGAACAUCAAUGACCGCUUGAGCGGAGUAGCGAAGGCACUUCGGCGAUUCACGGCUCGUAGGACGCGCGGCCGUAAACAGGACAUCCCCCCUGGACAAGAUAGCGAAGAAGGCAGCAACUCGGAAUCACACUCGAUGCACAGCUUACACGACCCACCGCGCGUCUUGGAUAUCAUCUAUACGUCUCAAGCUGAAGCAAGAUACGUCGCGGCUGGCGACCGACCUAAUUUCACGCGGUGGCAGUUAAUACGACUGAUCUUCUGUUGCGCCUCGCAGGCGGACAUCCUCUCGCCCGACGAUGGGAAGAACGCCUCAGCUCGAUCAGAGUCGUCAGCAGCUCGCGGCGGAGCCGCUAAACCCAAUUCUACUGGAGCCUAAGAUGAAUCGCAGCUCAAUGGAACUAAUCACGAUGCUUUUGCAAAGUAUGUGUCUCGUUUGUAUGCAAGAAUAUUUAUGCUUGGCAAACAUUCACACUUAUCAAUAUUUAUUGUUACUUCAUGUCUUCUAUGACUUUGCUUCGAGAUAGACAAUGCGUGCUUUAUGAGCCGGCACUUUACUAG